AUGUCGACCACCCUGCAGCUCUGUACCAACGGCGACGACGCCGUCUCGAUCGGCAUAAGCCCAAGCGAUGCUGUGGGCGCUGCUGCAGGCGGCGGCAACUCCAUGCAGCUCCAGCGUUGGCUGUGCUCAUCGGGCUUGGGCACGCUGAUCAUGGAUGCGGCCACCGCGUUCUACAGAUCGCCGCACGGAGUGGUCUUCGAGCAGCAUAUGUUUGCUUACUACGCCACCCUCGUCGGAAUUAUCGCUGCCGGGCUGGCCGACGUCGGGACGGCCUGCUGGCUGGCUAGCUUCAGCCAGCGAGGCCGAACCCGCGGUCGCGAAUUCCACGCAAGCGUCGUCUGCGCCUCCAUCGUGCCUCUUGUUGCCAUCAUCGCUCUCGGUGGAUUCUCUGUCGUCAUGAAGGGCUAA